GCGGCAAGCUAGCCAACCAAGUGCAAGUUUUGGGACAUGCUUGCUCGGGUGGGCGACUUGUGCAGUGUAGGACAUCGCUACAGACUUCGACAUACCGGCGGAACAGGUAAAGCUGUGCCCCACUUCUUUGACCAGAUCUGCUGUAUUUGCCCCUCCAUGCUUGGCUGUUGUCGCCUGCGAGGGAGUCUAAAGAAAAUGCUUAACCUGCACCCAGAGUACUUCACAACCCUGGAUACAACACGUCCACAUUAGUUCCAAACCAUUUCCCCUUAGCUGAUGCGGGUUCUGAACUGCCGCCUAUCCAUCAAAUCUUACAAUUGAGUCGAGUCGAAAAACGAACACCGACCAUGUCCUAUCACUGCAAGGAAUGCAGCGACCCUCUGGUCCUCGAGUUGGGACCAGACAGCGACGGAGAGGAAGAGGCAACAACUGUUCCGGAUGAUCUCGAACUCCGCUGCGGUUGUCAUUUUCACUGGCAAUGUCUUAUGGAUAAAUCGUCCGAGGUGGCCAUAUCACUCAAGUGCCCCUCAUGCCAGACGCACCUUGCCACCAACGAGGCUGGUCCUUCGGCGACGAACCAGAUCGUGAUUGCGUCCUCGGGUUCCGUCAUUCUGGCCCGCUAUGUCAAUGAGGGUGGCAUCGAGGACAACCUCGACAUUCUCCCCACGGUGACGGAGGAAGCCUAUCUCGCAGCGCACCCCGAGGCAAGGCCCGCACGUGCUUAUCACGUUAUGUGCUCCGAGGGCGACGCGACUGGCAUUGUUGAGCUGCUCCACGAUGCCAGCGCGGAGCUCGGUGGCGACACGGUUCAACUGGGCCACCUGAUCCGCUACCGUGAUCCUCUUAAUCAUAACAAGAGUGGUCUGCACUUGGCCGUGGAGAAAGGCCGAGAAGAGGUCUUGUGGCUUCUGCUUUGGCUCGCCUCGUCACUGCCAACAGAGAGCUUCCCGAAAUCCGCACAAAACGUUGCCAAGGCAGCACACAUUGGCCGCCUUGACACUUCCGGUGACGACAUCAGGUCUUUACAGAGCGACGGAGGGAAGUCAGCAUAUGAUAUUGCGCAAAGAAUGCCUGAUCAAUGGGGUGUCAUUAACGAUUCGGGCGUCUUGCGACCAUGAUAAAGCUGUUCGCUGGUCCAAGAGCUCUUAUCGAGAUCCCGAUUUCUUGGAGUCUCUCGACUUGCUAGACAGCAGCUGCGACAAAAUAAAGUGAUUGACGUCC